AUGUUGCAACAGCAACUCCUGGCUGCCUCAAAGCUCGACGCAGCGCAGGCCAGCAUUCAGUCAGGGGAGGAUGGUGUUCGAGAAGGGGUCGCCAUGCUGCUGACCGCUAUAUCGGAGUACGAAUGCAACCAGGACUCUGGCGGUGUUAACGGUUCCCAGGUGCUGGGAGCAGCGAUGCGCCGGCUAACGGAGGAUCCAUACUUGACUCUCGGCGUAGACCCCGCCGCGGAUGAGGGGACAAUCAAAAAGGCGUAUAGGAAGCUGGCGCUCAGAUAUCAUCCUGACAAGAACAAGGCUACGUCGACCCUUUUCCAGGCUGUGCAAGGAGCUCACGAUAUCUUAAUCGAGCCAAACAAGCGCGCGGAGUACGAUGUGAAGCGGAAACGGCAGCAGGAGGCCCUGAACAGGUUGCGGAAGCAUCCGAAGGGGUCCGCAGCAGGGACGCCCGCCAACAACGCGGGGGCGGCGUCUCCAGGAGGAGCACGGCAACCAACGGCAGCAGGGGCUUCACCAUCGGGGGGUGAAAGCGCGACAAGGGGGUCUUCACCUUAUGCUGCCGGCGGUAGAGCGGCCGCCGGCUCGACGGCGGGAGCGGGGGGCGGCAGCAGCAAGAAGUCAAGCGCAGCGAGCGGGACUUCCGCCCGCGGAGAACCAGCCGCGGCCAGCGGAGACGAGAAGGUGAGGCAAUUUAACAAGCGUUUCUACGAGGAGUUCCGGCGAGAAGCCCAAAAGCAAGACAAAUCCAAGGCCAGUAGCAAGCGGACAUCAGCAGCGGCCGCUGGGACUUCGAAGCACCAGCCCCCAUCACGACCGAAGAUGCGGAGCACCAACCGGACAGAGUCUACCGUUACACUUGAGUGGCACUGCGCGGGGCUACCUUCGACGACGGCGUUCGAGCUGCAGUGGCGGCAGCGUGGCCGUACGGCUUCGGAGUGGGUCACCUCCCCCACCCUGGUAGUCGGCAAGUCUUGCCGCAAGAAAAACCUGGCUCCUUGCACGUGCUACGAGUUCCGGGUCAGGGCGGCCAGCGCCUGGGGGUGGAGCGGAUAUUGCGACCCCGUGAUGGUCGUCACGCUUCCGUCGACGGGCGGUGGCGGUGCAGACGCCGGGAGCGGCGGGGCGGGAGGGGAGAGCGCAUCGACGUCGCCCCCUCGACAGAAGGUGUCGGGAUUCCAGAGCGAUGGCAUCGGUGGGUCUGCCGCGGAGAAGGCGAAGGCCCAGGUUGAGGAAGCACGGCAUCGCAGAUCCCAGACUCAAGCUGGGCACGCGAAGCCAUCCGUGCAGUUCCGCAGUAGCUCCAUCGCUGGCACGGAAGACGGGGGAGGUAGCGGCGGCGGUGGAGCGGCACCACCUGGAAUGGAGAAAACGAACAGCUGGUACUGGAGGAGGAUGAGCAGAGCGGCAGCCCAGGAAGGGAAGGAAGCGGCUACGAGCAGUGCCGAAGGGGGCGGGAAAGAGAAGGCCCAGCGGCGACGCACGAUGCACGCGCAGGGGACCCCCUCGGAAGGGGCCUGGGUGUGCGUGGUGUGCAAGCGUCCGAACGAGCCCACGUCAAACUCGUGCUGGGUGUGCUACACGACUAGGUCCUACCAACCGGUUAACCUCGAUCGCAUCAGAACGGAGAACGAAACGCCCGGAAGACGAGAGGGCAGUGUCGGGGGCGGCGGCAAUCCCCUUGGCUCGGGAAGGAGGGCGAGCAUCGGGUCUCGCCCCCGAUCACCUUCUACCACGCCAACGGAAGGCAAUACCGGCAAGCAGUCUCCCACCGCGGGAAAGGGCGGGAGCAACACUACCAACAACGGCGCAGCAGCGACGGACGACUCAGGUGUCCGGGUUUCCGAAAAGGUUCCGUCGAUCCGCGUGUACAGCGUACCCACCCAACCCGAGCCAGCCGGUGACGGAAUUCGUGUCAGCGCUUCUGACGCAAACCCUUCUUCUGGCGCCGCCGGCAACGCCGCCGCCGGAGAAGAAGGCACCAAAGACCCUGCGGACGUUUGGGAGUUCACGGAGGGGGAUCUCGACAAUGUCGGGGGCGGUGCAACUACGUAUGGCUCGGACGAUGAAUGGUCCUAUGCUUCGGGCACCGGUGGCCUGGACACAAAAUCCGAUCCUGGCGACGCCGACAGGUACCGCAGGAGAAGGUCUUCCACCGGGGGUGCUGCUGCGCAAAGGCGGAGGAGCAGUCAGGCGGGCGCCACCACGAACGUGGGAGGUGGUGAUGGAGAUAACGAUGACGAUGCAACACCCAAGCGUUACCUCAACGGGCGAAUCACCAAGCUCCACAACGUUAGGGCGGAGCCAAUCAGAGAGGCGAAGGUGGUCGGGUAUCUCAUCGCAACCAAGGAGGUGGAAGUUCUGGCCGAGGUUGGCGACUGGUAUAAGGUGCGAUGGCACAAAAGAGCAAAGGAAAAAGCCCGCCAGGACCCACCAUCAUCCUCUUCCUCCCCCUCGUCAUCACAAAGCAAAGACACAGCGGCAUCCGAAUCUACUCCGGCGGAGGGGAAUGGUGGCGGUAGUGAAGGCGAGAAGAGAAACGAGGAGGGAGAGGCGGAGAAGCCGGACGACGCCUCGGAGGAGCGAAAAGAAAAGGGGACCGGGUGGUGCGUGACAAGAGACAAGAAGCACCAGUACAUCGUCACCGUCGGGGCCGAAGAGACCGACCCGGACGCCACCAGACGCCCGUCGUCGGCUAAGAGUAACAGGAAAAAAUCUGCCGCUGGUCGGAGGCGUUCUUCCGUAACCGGCGGCCGCGCAUCUCGAGGGGGGCUCGAUGACAGCGGUGGCGGGGGAGGGGAAGGGGGAGGAGGGGUUUUCGGGGAGGCCGCGGAUGAGGGAGAAUGCUGGCACGAGCUCAAGGACGAAGAUGGAUCAGUAUACUACUUCAAUGCGACGUCGGGGAUGAGCCAAUGGGAGCCGCCCAUGUGGCUGGACGAGAUCGACCCCACCACCGGGGCUGUCUACUACGUCAAUACCUUCACAGGGGAUCCCCAGUGGGAGCGCCCGGAGGAGUUCAUCCCGAUCGUGAGGGAAAACCCGUAUGCGACGACGCCUGAGCAGGACUUCAUCAAAUCCGUGCUGUCACCAAAGAGGUCCAAGGGACCAAAGUCCUUCCACGAAGCCAUGCACAAGGCCGCACAAACCGGGUCUGCCCAACACCUCAAUACCGUAACGGAGGGAGUGGCGGGUGGCGGCCGCGAGACAGCCGAAAAUGCCUCCGCGGCAUAG